UGUCGUAAAAAAAAUCCCGGGUAUAAUGUCGUGAAGCACGGUCGGUGGGGCCAGUGGUGGAGACAGUGACUGGGUCCGGGUCCCCGCAUUUAUAUGCCCCACUCCCCAGCGGCUGUCUCCCCCUUUUCCUCUUGCUCCAUGUUGGGCCCGGGUCGGGCUCUCGGCCGGUCCUCCUCGUUCUCCUCCUAUGGCCCGGAAAACAGUUAUCAGGAAGCGGAAAGCGGCCGCGGGGCUCGGGGUUCUCCGUGGGGAGCAGUAUGGGUGGGAUCACUCAGUUCACAAAAGGAAAAGACUCCCCCUGGUGAAAAGGUCUCUGGUGUACUAUCUGAAAAGUAGAGAGGUCAGGAUGCUGAAUGAGUCCAGCUAUCACCACUUGUUGCACGGAUAUGCAGCCCAGCAGCUUCCCAGCCUCCUGAAGGAGAGAGAAUUUCACCUCGGAACUUUUAAUAAAGUGUUUGCCUCCCAGUGGUUGAACCACCGACAAGUGGUGUGUGGGACAAAAUGCAACACAUUAUUUGUGGUAGAUGUCCAGACUGGUCAAAUUACCAAGAUUCCUAUUCUGAAAGAUCGUGAACCCGGCAUGGUGAACCAGCAGGGUUGUGGUAUUCACGCCAUUGAGCUCAAUCUCUCAAGGACCCUUCUGGCCACAGGUGGAGACAACCCCAACAGUCUUGCAAUUUAUCGUCUGCCUACACUUGAUCCUGUCUGUGUGGGAGAUGAUGGACAUAAGGACUGGAUAUUUUCAAUUGCAUGGAUCAGUGAUACUAUGGCUGUUUCUGGUUCCCGGGAUGGUUCAAUGGGUCUCUGGGAAGUCACAGAAGAUGUGCUGUCCAAAAGUGAUGCCAGGCAUAAUCUCUCUCAAGUUCCUGUCUAUGCCCACAUAACACACAGGGCUCUGAAGGAUAUCCCCAAGGAGAACACCAAUCCUGACAACUGUAAAGUCCGAGCAUUGGCUUUCAACAAUAAGAACAAGGAACUGGGAGCUGUGUCCCUAGAUGGGUAUUUUCAUCUUUGGAAAGCAGAGCACAUGCUAUCAAAGUUACUUUCCACAAAGUUGCCAUACUGCAGGGAGAACGUGUGUUUGGCUUAUGGUCAGGAGUGGUCGGUGUAUGCAGUAGGAUCACAGGCUCAUGUCUCGUUUUUGGAUCCCAGGCAACCUUCUCAUAAUGUUAAAUCUGUCUGUUCUAAAGAACGAGGCAGUGGCAUUCGAUCGGUGAGCUUCUAUGAGCACAUCAUCACAGUGGGAACGGGGCAAGGUUCCUUAUUGUUUUACGAUAUCAGAGCCCAGAGGUUCCUGGAUGAAAAGCCCCUAUGUGCCUGCUAUGGACAGAAGCAGAAAUUAGGAGGAAGUGAAAUUUUGAAGUUGACUACUGGGAAAGGCUGGCUGAAUCAUGAUGAAACCUGGAGGAAUUAUUUUUCUGACACAAAUUUCUUCCCAAAUGCUGUUUACACCCACUGCUAUGACUCGUCUGGAACGAAACUUUUUGUGGCAGGAGGCCCCCUUCCAUCAGGACUUCAUGGGAAUUAUGCUGGUCUCUGGAGCUAACGAUAACUCUUUAUAAAUGCUGAUCUUUACACAGAUUUCCACUUUUCCUUCCCUUUUUUUAACAACAAAAUUGUGUGAUGCCAUUGAUUUCUGAUUUAAACGCAAGUUAUUUUUUGGCAGAGUUUUCUGUUGGUCUCCAACAGUCUUGUACACCUUUUUGAACCAGUUUUCUGCUUUAACCUCCUUGAUUCUUUAUAUGAAGGGGUUUUGAAAUCCCUUUUUUACUGUAUUUACUCCAAAAGACUCUUCCCCCACAUUUCACAGAAUCACAGGUUGGAAGGGACCUCAGGGAUCAUCUAGUCCAACCUUUCUGGGAAGAGCACAGUCUAGACAAGAUGGCCCAGCACCCUGUCCAGGCGACCCUUGAAGGUGUCCAACGUGGCCAAGUCAACCACUUCCCUGGGGAGAUUAUUCCAAUGGGUGACUGUCCUCGCUGUGAAAAAUUUCCCUCUGGUGUCCAAUCGGAAUCUCCCCAAGAGCAACUUGUGUCCAUUCCCCCUUGUCCUCUCCAUGUGGCUCCGUGUAAAAAGGGGGUCUCCAUCUUCUUUGUAGCUACCCGUUAAGUACUGGUACAUGGUGAUGAGCUCCCCUCUGAGCCUCCUUUUCUCAAGGCUGAACAAACCCAGUUCUCCCAGCCUAUCCUCAUAUGGCAGGCUUCCCAGUCCUUUGACCAUCUUGGUGGCCCUUCUCUGGACCCCUUCCAGCCUGUCCACAUCCUUUUUGUAUAGCGGGGACCAGAACGGGACACAGUACUCCAGGUGUGGCCUGACAAGCGCUGAGUAGAGUGGGAUGGUGACGGCUUUAUCUCUGCUGGCGAUGCCCUUUUUGAUGCAACCCAGCAUCCUGUUGGCCUUCUUGGCCGCAGCAGCACACUGUUCGCUCAUGUUGAGCUUCCUGUCCACCAGGACCCCCAGGUCCCUUUCGACAGAGCUGCUCUCCAGCCAGGUGGAUCCCAGUCUGUGCUGCAGUCCCGGAUUAUGUUAUCCCAGGUGCGUGACCUCACACUUGUCCUUGUUGAACUUCAUAAGGUUCUUGCUGGCCCACUCUUCAAGCCUAUCCAGAACCUCCUGCAGAGCAGCUCUCCCUUCUGGAGUGUCUACUUCCCCACUCAAUUUGGUGUCGUCUGCAAACUUCAUCAGGCUACACUUGAUGCCGUUAUCCAGAUCACUUAUAAAGGUAUUGAAUAAUAUUGGGCCCAAUAUCGAUCCCUGGGGGACUCCACUUGUGACAGGUUGCCACUUGGAAAAGGAGCUAUUUACCACCACCCUUUGGGUGCGGCCUGUCAGCCAGUUCCCCACCCACUGCACAGACCACUCGUCUAGGCCGUAACGCAUCAAUUUCUCCAGGAGGAGACCGUGGGGGGCUGUAUCAAAGGCCUUGGAGAAGUCCAGGUAGACAAUGUCCACUGCCCGCCCCAUGUCAUCCAGGCAAGUCACUUUGUCAUAGAAGGCCACCAGGUUUGUCAAGCACGAUCUGCCUUUAGUGAAGCCGUGUUGGCUUUUUCCCAAUCACGUGCUUCAUUUGACUUGUGAUGGCCCCCAGGAGGAUUCGUUCCAUAACUUUCCCAGGUACUGAAGUAAGGCUGAUGGGCCUAUAGUUACCCCGGUCCUCCCUCGAGCCUUUCUUGUAGAUAAGGGUAACAUUUGCCUCCCUCCAGUCCUCUGGGACAUCCCCCGUUCUCCAUGACUUCUCGAAGAUUACGGAGAGUGGCCUUACAAUGAUGUCAGCCAGCUCUCUCAACACCCUCGGGUGGAUGGUGUCAGGGCCCAUCGAUUUGUAGGGGUCAAGCUCCUGUAGUAAUUCAUGUACUAACUCUUCCUUCACUGAUGGUGGGUCAGUGUUUGGAUCAAUCGGCAAUUUUGUUCCCAAAGCCUGGGACGCAACAGUGUUGGUAAAGAUAGAGGUGAAGAAAAGUGUUGAGAACCUCUGCCUUUUCUGCAUCGUUGGUGACUGACUCUCCUUUUCCGUUUAACAGUGGCCCUAUGUUUUCCUUCUGUUUCUGCUUAUGGUUGAUAUGUCUGAAGAAACCUUUCUUGUUAUUGUUGAUGUCUACAGCCAGUUUCAAUUCUAACUUGGCUUUUGCUUUUCUGACUGCAUCUCUGCACUCUCUGGCAAUGCCCUUGUAGUUCUCAGUGGCUAGUCCUCCACUUCUCCAUUUCUGGUGUGCUUCCCUUUUGGAUUUGAGUAGACCCAGGAGGUCAUGGUUGAGCCAAGGGGGCCUCUUGCUCCGCUUACUUCCCUUUCCUUUGUAGGGGAUAAAUUGGCUUUGUGCUUCCAAUAGAGAGUUCUUGAAGAACUCCCAGCACUCACUAGCUCCUUUGUCUUCCAUGGAGCGAGCUGAAGUUUGCUCUUCUAAACUCCAGGCCCCUUGUCUUAGAGCUGACCUUCAGCACGCUCAGCAGGAUCCCGAACUCCAUAAUAUUGUGGUCACGGCAGCCAAGGCUAUCACUAACCGAGAUACUACAAAGUAGGUUUCCUUGGUUUGUGCAUAGCAAGUCCAGCAGUGCCUCAUUCCUGGUUGGCCCAUCUAGCAUUUGUAUCAGGAAACAGUUCUCUACGCAUUCCGGGAACUUGGUGGAUGACAUGCGAGCUGCUGUAUUGUUCUUCCAGCAGAUGUCUGGGUAGUUGAAGUCACCCAUAAGGACCAGGUUCUGUUGGACAGAAGCUUGCUUUAUUGCCCCAAGUAUCUCUUCAUCAGCACUGUCAUCGUUGUUAGGAGGUCGGUAGCAGAUGCCCACUGUGAGGUCCUGCUUGAAGACAACCCCUCUGACUUUAACCCAGAGGCAUUCGAUAGAGCAGUCGCAAUCACCAUAGUUGACUUCGAUACAUUUGAGGUUUUCCUUAAUGUAGAGUGCAACUCCUCCACCUCUUCUACCCUGCCUGUCCUUACGAAAGAGCCUAUAACUGUUCAUCGCAAUCCCCCAGUCCUUUGAGUUGUCCCACCAUGUUUCAGUUACUCCUAUGAUGUCAUAACCUUCUGAGCGGGCAUGGAGCUCCAGUUCCUCCUGUUUGUUUCCUAGACUGUUUAUUAGGGAAAAUUCAGGUGCUGAAUCUUAAAAUCUCAUUAAACUUGUACUUUUUUAUUUGUCCAUUCACCUGGUCUCAUUUCCUUUUCAAGGCCUCCCACAGUCUCAGGGUAUAUAAAUCACUAUGACUCAUCCAAAUAAUACCGAAACAGACCAACCAGAGGUUAAUGUGCCUUCCUCUUCUGGUACCUUAAUUUUUGUAAAGUUAUCUCACAAACUUGUCACUGUCUUAGGGCUGGGUAUAUGCAUCAUCUUUUUCUAAGAUGUACAUGUUGAAGUUGCAACAGGUUUGUAUUGCUACUUGUGACUUGUUCUAUUCGCUUUAGGAUGUGGUGUAGACACAAAUCAAUGCACUGGUUUGUCUUGGGAUCAGUCUUACCUGUGACAUCUAGCAGUGCUUGCGUGUAUGUUAAUGUGUACACAAAUGCUGGAUCUUCCCCAUUGCCUAUGAUGUAUACGAUGCACAAACUACUCAAGGUGUUUUACAAUGUACGGUGAUCACAACUUGUUGCCUGAGGGUAGGAUGUCUUAGAGUGAACUGGUUUUAAUGUGGUUUUUUUUCCCAAAUAUAUUUAAUAAGAUCCAAAGCCUUGGGUGGGGGGGGGAACAAAACACAAAACAAAAAAUCAGGACUUGCUGAUGCCUGGAUUAGGUACAAAAGCCAGGUUCUGAUGUUUGUUAACAACUCUUGCAAUUCCACCCAUUUAACAGAGCCUUUCUCGGCUUGCUUUUUCUGUCGCGAGCUGUGUCAGAAACAGCACUGGAUCCCGAACUAUCACAGAAGCUGUCAAGUGAAGUAGUAACAGCUCUCUUCAAAUGCUACAGUGCACAUUUUUAAUUGUAAGGUAAAACUGUUCAAAAUUAUUAAUGCAGCUUGCAAAUGGGACAGUGGGAAAUUGCAGAUAGUAUUGAAAACCAGCCUGUCUGUACAUGGGGCUCAGUGUUCAGAGUUACCUUGUAAAUUGUUUCUCUCCUCUGAGAAGUUGUUGGUUUUUUUUUUUCUUAAAUACAAAGACAUUACAUGUUUGGCUUUGUUUUCUGAAUUGGCAAAGGAUAUCUUAAACUCCAACUGACAUCUGGAAUUUAGGCUGAGUUUGUCUCUUAUGCAGAUAGCAGAGGAUGGUGUGAUUGAUGCAAGCUGUCCCUUCCGAGCUGUAAGGUUAAUUUGACCAUAAGAGCAUGGAAACAGAAACACUUCUUCCUUUGCUGUGGCCUUCAAUGGGCAUGCAUAUCCACAAUUAACUGAAGUAGUAUUGCAUUCUGUUGAUCCAUGAGGCUACCUUUGUUUUUAGAAUCAGUACGAUGAGUCAUCAGUGUAUUGACACUAAUACAUAGUCAAGGAACUCUAACGUAUGUAUAUUUUCUGUGCUAACUGUAUUUGUUCUCUGUAUCCCAGUGCAGACUUAAUCUGGAGUUUUCUUUUUAGUUCUUGCUAACUUUUGAGUUUCUUCAAAUUCAGUAAAGUCCUGUUUUUAUCACACUCACUUUUCAGAGUAGAACAGAUUGGUUUAACUUUGUUUUGUAAUCUUUAGCACCUUCCUCUUUUCCCCUUUCUUCCUAGUUCACCUUUAAUAAUCAGUUCAAAGCUGCUUGCCUAGUCCAAAAAAUAUUGAGUCAUAAUAAAACCUGUAGCCCACUGUAGAAAGAGCACUCUGUGCUUUUACCAUAAACUUCAGUGGCUGGCUGCUGCCUUGGAAGUGGGGACUCCAUUCCUGCACAGUCUACAGAAGCUGAGAAUCUCUUGCAUCUGUAUUGUACAGUGGAUGUCAGCAGAUCAGGAAGUGGAGGAGCCCUGUGUCUGCACCCAGUGUGUUUGUUAAACUGAUCAGUGGUGGUUUAGUCAACCAGAGAACUGGCAUCUUUGGCUGCUACUCGAUGUUAUAACUAAAGAUUACAUUGAGGGCAAAACCAGGAGGGUGCAUCAGUGACUUUCUGCUGACUUGAUCCCAUUUAAAGGCUUUCUCCACAGACUUUUUUUCUUUUGCGUAUUUGGUGGAUUGUGAAAAAAACUGUGCUAUAGUAGGUCUAUGAGCUAAACCCUAACUCUGUGCUCAAAAGGCAAAAGUUAUUAUAAUGAGCUUUGGCCAGCAGUAAUGCCAAAGGCUGGCUAUGCUCAGAGAUGAGCUGGUAAUGGAGUGUUUGAGCAAUGGAAGUCUUGAGGGUUUGCUCCAUCAUGCCUUAUGCUUAUGUGACUGCAGAUUAGUUGCUCUCAGAGCUUGUGAAACUGCUGGUCAUCCCUCUUCAAAUUAGAUGUGAAGAUGGCAUGGGGAAGAACCAGUUUCCUCAGCGGUCACUCACUCUCCCCCUCAUCACUCAAGGUUACCAAUGCACUUUGUUUUUGUGAUUGACUAUGACUAGUGUGCUUUACAGCUGCCACCAGCCACCUCCAUGUGCUUCCUGCUGGCAUGAUGGAGUGAAAGGGCCUUGUCUGCAGCUCCUUCCACCUGGUUGGUUGUUGAAUCAGCAUGAGCUGUACAUGCAGGGGUAUAACAGGCCAGCUGGGAUUUACAGCUGCAGUUGGCUGCUCUGGGCUUCUCUCACAGUGCAGGUGUGAUUGUGGGACUAUUCCGAAAAGGUCUGGAUAAGUAACUUCUGAUGGACUCUCUCACUCUCGUUCAAAACGCUGUCUCUCCAUUCUCAGCCUCUUGUCCCAGCUUCGCUCCCAUCUUGCCACCCUCUACCUCUCAGGACUUGAGCAAGUUCCCUGUCCUCUCACGGCUUACUAGUUUGGGGAUCAGUUCUGCAAAGCCCGGGGGCACCUGUUUAAGCCCUACUGCAGUUUACUUGCCUAGGCAGUAGCUUGCUGAAUUGGGGCAUUGCUUACAGUCUCCCUAUUCAUUUGACUCAGCCCUGGAUAUCUCUGGACUUCUAUCCCCUUUUCAGUCUGAAAGGCUUUGCUCCAAACUCAUUCCUGCUUCAUAAAGGAGUUGAUUCCUGUACUGCUGGCUAUCUCAAUUUGGUGGCUUUUAUUUUUCUUGUUUAUUCUGGGGUUCACUGCAUAUGUAUGAAAUCCUACUGACUUUCUCAACUCUCCUGAUUGUGGUACAGGGGCCCAUCCUGUGAGGCAUCAGAAUUAUUUGUCUACUUCCAAAGUACACGGAAACAAGGAUUUCUUACAUGAAUUUUAGGGAGGAAAAGCAGCUGUGCACACACCAAGUGGAAAGGUAUCUCUGGGUAGAAUAGGUGAGGGAGCAGUUUAAGAAUUUUAAAUAGAAGAACAGUAACUGAGCUUUUGGGUUUCUUUUUUAAAAAUUGCUUUAACAGGAGCUUUGUCUGUGUUCUAAUUCACAGAAAGUUGCAAUGUAAACUGGGGUUUUCUGUUCAUCAAUGCAAAAUGUACCUCUCAACUACAAUGCAAGAGUCGGUCUCUGUCUCUCUCUGUUUUCAAUGGAAGAAGUUUAACUGACGACUGAUUUAAUUUGUUUCUUGCCCUUAAGUGUAAUCAUCCACACAACAGUCCUUGCUGGUCUUUCCCAAGCACCAUACAGCACUAUAUACCUAUUUAAAAGCAAAAUGGGGAUUGCAUUGAGCAGUAGAACCUGCUGAACUUCCUUGGUUUGAAACACACACUGGAGAGAAGAGUCCAGGUUCUAUGUGUUAAAUACAACUUUAAACCAAUGCAGCUACUCUCUCCGAUCAGUACCACUUCCUACUUUUCCCUCCAUUUAGAUGGAAAUUUAAAAGUAAACCCAGCAAUAUGUGAUCCAGUUGACAUGCUUGCAGGCGGAACAUGGGGUUCUUGAAGUUUGAGGACUGAGAUUUCUCUUGUGGAAGAAUUUGGUGUGGGUGCAAGAGUUUGGAACUUGGAUUACAGCUCCUCUGCCAGCUUACUAAAUGCAGUCGAGUACUCUGGACUUUUCUGAAGAUGACUGUGGUAGAAGAGCUGUGAAGGUGCGGUCUGGAACUGAUCAUUUUAGGUAAUCUGUGCGUUGCUUGACUACAUGGACAAUGUAAAAGUGAUUUUUACAGAUUGCUUUCCAUGUGUCGGUCACAAAUAACUCUUAAUUUGCUGUUUGGAGGAAAACUGUUAAUAGAUGCAUUUCCAGAUCAAAUUAAGAGCCUAAUUUUCCAUCUUGCAUUAACCAGGUUACUGUGUUCACAUGUCAGAAAGAUGUUGCUCUUUGAAAAAGUACGUUAGUGUAUGUGGCAAUGACCCAUGCACUUCUAAAAUACCUAGAUCUGUGUACAUUCUCACCUGAGUAUCGUUAACCAUGCUGCAGUCUGACAAAUGGAUGUUUUACUACUGCUCUGUUAUAUAGAUAAUUGUAAUUAACUGCAGGUUUUUUUCCACUACUUAAAGUUGUGUGAUCUGAAAAUUGGUGAACAAAAAGUAUUUGUGCUUCUUACUAUGGUUAUCUCUAAAUAAAAUGUAUUUGUAUAGUG